AAUCUGAAGUAUUUUAUUAUGAGUGACCCAACUGAAAAUGAUUUACUUGAGGCUAUUAAGGAGUCUCUUGAGAAAGACGGAACUUUAGGUAGAGUCAAUGGAGAAAUAAGAGCUCGUGUCAUGGCUGUGCUCAACCGAGACUUUGAAUGUGCCGAUCCACCGAAAGUACCGGAGGAAACAAAAUUGAUAAACGAAUUAAUUAGAGAAUAUCUGGCAUGGAAUGGAUAUCUUUAUACUGAACAAAUUUUAAUUGCAGAAUCUGGUCAAAAAAAUGAAAGACUGAGCAGAGACGUUUUAACGACUAAAUUUGGCGUAAUGGAUGACUCAAAAACAGCGAAGAUACCAUUAUUGUAUUAUAUAGUAUCUGCUUUUCAAGGAUUUUAAUUAAUAAUUUACAAUUUUAUACAAUAAAUAUCAA